CUGCAGUGACAGUUACAAACCCCAGCUUAACAACUACUAUUACUUACAUUUCAUGUACUUGUUGUGUUGUUUGUUCAAAUUUAAGAAUGUUGAUUUGAGGCAGAGAAACAUAUAAAAUGGUGAUGUUGUCAUCUUCUCCUUUCUUUCAAAUUCCAACUUUUGUGAUCCAACAGAGAAACCAGCAGCAGCUACUCUGGAAGGUUCCUCAAUUUCACCAAACCACCCUUCAAUCCACCUUUUCCACUUCUUUGCAUCUUCCAUGUCAUGUGAGAAGAAAUCUCCACAAAUGCUUCUCACAGAAGCAGUCCCAAGAAGAAGAAGAACAACUAGAGCAAAAAUCUCAAAUUGAGAGGUUGUUCUCAAACCUCAACCAAGCCACUUUGAAGAGGGAGCCUGGAAGCUUAUCCAGUGCAAUUUUCCUGGUGGCAGGCACCACGGUGGGUGCAGGGAUACUUGCAAUUCCAGCAGUGACACAAGAAGCAGGCUUUUUAGCGUCCGCAGUUACUUGCAUUUUUUGUUGGGCAUUCAUGGUUGUGACUGGUUUGCUCGUUGCUGAAGUAAAUGUGAGCACCAUGUGUGAACUAGGUUCUGGUGGUGUAUCAUUGGUAUCAAUGGCCAGAAGAACCUUAGGGGCAGCAGGGGUUCAAAUUUCAUGUUGGUCAUACAUAUUCAUCCAUUAUGCCCUUCUUGUUGCCUAUAUCGCUCGCUCUUCAGAUAUUUUGACAAAAUUUCUUGGCAUUCCCAUAUGGGAAAGUGCAACUUUGUUUUCAUUGAUAUUUGGAGGUAUAUGCUUCUUUGGAAGCCAGCGCUUCAUUGGUGCAGUUAAUGGGGUUCUAGUAUUUGGAAUCAUCAGCUCUUUUGCAGCUCUUGUGGCAGUUGCAAGUGGAGAUAUACACUUGGAUGCUCUUUUGAAAGCCAACUUCCAAGCGGCUCCUAUGAGUUUACCCAUUAUUGCACUGUCAUUUGUUUACCAGAAUGUGGUACCUGUUCUUUGUACAAAUCUUGAAGGAGACUUGUUAAAAGUAAGGAGUGCAAUAAUACUAGGCACUGGUAUUCCUCUUGGUCUGUUUCUCAUUUGGAAUGGUGUUAUCCUGGGAACUGUCACUGACAAUGUAACAGGUCUAGAUCCAAUACAGCAAUUGCGGUCUACGAAUGGAACAAUUGGACCUAUAGUUGAGGCCUUCUCACUUCUUGCAAUUGGUACAUCUUUCAUUGGAUUUGUUUUGGGUUUGACAGACUUCCUUGCAGACUUGCUGAAUCUCCCAACUGGCCAGAAUAAGCCCCUGCCAUACAUACUGACUUUAAUUCCACCACUUUUGCUCUCACUGUUGGAUCCAGAAAUAUUUUUUAAAGCCUUGGACUUCGCUGGAACAUAUGGAGUGUUGGUGUUGUUCGGAGUUAUUCCAGCUGCAAUGUCCUGGUCUGAUAGGAACUCAAAUUCAUCAUCAUCAUCAUCAUCAUCAUCAUCUGUGAAACUUCCUGAACUAGUUCCAGGAGGGAGGAUAACCCUACUACUUGUGCUUGGAGGUUCAGGAUUUGUCAUUGUUUCUGAAUUAAUUGAGAACUUGCAGCACCUAUGAAAAUGUGACAUGGAUAUUUUGAUUCACCUGUGUUUCUGUAUUUUAGUUAUCAUUGAAGGAUUUUAGUUCUACUGUGUACAUAUUCCAAUUUUUUCCUUUUGACCCUCAGAUUAUGUGGCUGUGAAGUUAAUGAUUGUCCAGUGCAUGUUUGAUCUCA